GAAGCGGACAGAUACUGGAAUGCUUCCGUUAAGUCUUAUCUUGCUUGCGAUAAGAAUUUUAGUACCCUAGGUGCGUGGUACCGCUUCGCCGGGGACGCUGGUUCAAUGAUGGCGCCUUAUUGCAUUCCAAAACAAAGUUGCAUUACCAAUGGAGCCGGCUGGAUCAACGGUAGCCAUCCGUCUGAAACUUACCAACUGGUGUCGACAAACGCUUGUUUUCACUGGGGGUCAAAUUGUUGUGUGAAGUCAAGUCCAGUUCAGAUACGAAAUUGCAGUGGAUACUACGUUUAUAAGUUACAAAAACCGGAGACGUGCUACUAUCGUUACUGCGGUGUGAACGACGAAAGUGACGCAUGUCGAGUAACUGGUGGUUCUUCUAAGUGUACAUGUCAGGAUGGUUAUGAAGGAGAUCCGUGCAGGGGUCUGGACGAAUGUGCAAGCGGAGAUCAUGACUGCCAUAAAUAUGGUGUUUGCCAUAACGAGAUCGGUUCUUUUAAAUGUCAUUGCAAAGAGGGUUACAUUGGUGAUGGAAAGUUAUGUGCCGCUUGUCCAGUACAUUCCGUAGGCAUCAAGACAUCACUUAACGUUCAUGAUUGCUGGUGUAAAUACUUUUACCCAGGAGAUCCAGAAGUUGAUCCAUGCCGAAGACAAACAGAAAGUGAUUUGAGAAGUAUUGAUGAUUCAAUAGAGGUUUUAAUCCAUGAUAUUAAUACACAACCGAGCAGCCCAAUGAAGUUUAGACGAGACCAAACAAGAAGACUGUUUGCAUCUUUAAAGACGGAGAACUUUCUUGCGCAUCAGGCCUCGUUUUCUUGGAAGAUAAGCCAACUCUCACUAUCACCUUUUAACAUUUCCGAUCAACCAGAGUUGCUAGUGCCCGACACUCUGGAGCUGAACUUACAACCAAACUUGCUGUCGACAGGACUUAAACUUGUAACAUUUGAGCUGCGACGAAAUUCCGGAUCUGAACUGACAGCUCGAGACUUUGCUUUCAUCGAAGUUCUUAAUUCGGCACUAGAAGUUUCCAUUGCGGGAGGAACUGAGGUUUUUCGAUCCAUAGAUAAACCAAUUUUAUUGGAUGCCAGUGCUUCGUAUGACACUAGCCCUAGUGCUGGCAGUUCUUCGGGAAUGAACUAUGAUUGGUCUUGCUUAAUAAUAACGCAAUCCAACGUCUCCAGAAACUAUACUCCAGUGUCUAACGUCACUUUUCGAGGUUCAGGUAGCAUAUACGACACAUUUGUCGGUGCGUCUACAAAUGGCAAUCUCUUUCAGUUGCCGGACGAUGUCUUUCUUCGGGGCGACGAAAAAGCCAUAGUGACUUUAGAUACUAAAAGACUCAUCAGCAAUCAAGCAUACCAUGUGGUUCUGACGGUAACCAAGGAUAUCCGCGUUGCAAGUGGCAUUCAGAUUGUUCACGUUCGCGACGAAGAUGUAUUCGACAUUCGUAUUUUGUGCAUCAUGAACUGUGACUCACCAGCCAGUGCAUCUUCUCGUACCUCCUUCCGAACUGACUGCAAUUCAGUUCGUUGUCCGGCGUCCCUCAAGUAUAGAUGGAGCCUGCUGAGAAACGAUGGAAACAAUUCUCACUUGAAAUGGUCUACUCAGCGACACUUUAGAGAUCUCCUGGGUACAAAAGUAGAUUCAAAAAACCUUGUGAUUAAAGAACAAAUGCUCGAACCCGGGUCCUCCUACAAAAUCAAGGUCGACGUUCUAUCUCUAAACGAGUCAUUUGGCGUGGCGGUAUACCAAUUCGAUACGCUGGCAGUUCCAUCAGGAGGAACAUGUCAUGCCACUCAGUUGGAUAGGAAAGCUGUAGGAUCUUGGCUAAACAUAACCUGUCAAGGAUGGAGUGAUGAAAAUGUGCCUUUCACCUACGAAUUCUUCCAGGAAUCAAAAACUGGAAAACUCGACAUGUUGUCCUAUGGAGUUAGGCCUUACAGUGUUGUUUAUAUUCCACCUUCUGAUGAGGAUGUUACUCGCCUUCGGGUUGCGAUUGUUAAUGUUUUUGGAGCGGCUAAUAAAGCAGGAUUUUCUAUCAAGCUAAAUCAAUCAUCUUUGUUGUCAGCAGAAGAGAUAGACUAUAACGAGCUGCAAGAAAAAAUAUUUGUUAUGGAUAAUUAUUUUUCUAUGGGAAAAGUAAAUACAGCAAUACAAGAGGCAGACGCACUUCUCUUCUUACUUAAAAUGGCUGUAGAACAGGGUGAUGUGAAUAGGAACCUACUUCAAAUGAAGAAUCACGUUAUUUCUAAGAUCUGUCAAGUACAGAUUGAUGGCGGACUGGAGCGUAUAGCCCAGAUUAGUGUUAUCUUGAACAAAGCCACAAAGGACGACACCCUUGUCUUGUUCAAUACAACGUUAACUGUAUUGGAUAAACUGAUGGAGAUGUCAACCCUCCUUUCACGAAGAAGCAGGUCUGAAUCCCCCCUUCUUCUCGAUGGAGGAAGAUUGUUGUUGCAUUGUACUACAAAUAUUAUGGGAUCCAGUUCCAGGAGAAUCCUUAUGUCUAAAAUUUCUGCUAACCUCGAUGAAGAGAAAGAGAUUACCAUGGGAAAGAUAAUAUCUAGCCGUUGCCAAGAGUUAACAGACAUGAUUACCAACACACUUCUGUCAUUUAAGCUGCCUGGGGAGGAAUACACCACCAUCAGCAAUGACCUACGAUCUAUUUUGCUCGGUAAAGAAGAGUCAAUGGACAUGAGUCUGUUAAAACUCAGAAAUGGGGAAGCCAGUUUUCAGUUCCCCUUUAUAAGUACCAGUACGUUGCAAAAUUGGCUUGGCAACGUCUUUGAGGUUGGAAUAGAGAUGAUCUCCUAUAAUUUUAAUCCAUAUAUGUCGGACAGCAGCAGCCAGAGAAUAAAAUCAAAGGUUGUCAGCCUUGUCCUGAAGGAUGACACUGGGAAAGCUCUCAACACAACAAAUCUACUGUCGGAUAUAGAAAUUGAUAUUCCAGUAUCAAAUUAUCAUCCCGAAGACAGCCCUCGACCGGAUCAUUUCCUAAACCCUAGAAGGAUGCAGUAUCACGUGAUAAUCGUACGUGAGGUCAAUAAUACCAUGAAAAUAACCAUUACGACAAAAGCAACAGCUUCUAUUACGGUCUAUGUAAAAUAUGCUGAACAGCCAACAGAGACAUCAUACGAUAUGGUGAUUAACUUAUCCGAUGAGAAAAGAUUAAACAGCAGAAACGACGACUGUGAAUUCAGAGGGAUUUGUUCCCACAGUAUCGUCAUGAAAUGCAGAUAUUCGGGCAAAUAUUACGUUGGCUUGUGGAAGAACAGUGAAUCUCGAACAGAAUUGUCAAAGUCAAGAGGUAGACGAUCCAUUCUGCCAAAGCAAGCGAUGCGAGAGAAGUGCGUAAGGUUCAAGGAUCCCCCGCCAACAGUUGCUCCUCAAGUAGAGUAUGUCAGUCUUGUCCCUCAGUACGACUUUGAUAAGUCAGUUAACUACAGUUUACAAGUGGAGACAAUCUGGUGUGCAUUUUGGUCUGAUACUGAGCAAAGAUGGACAAGCAAAGGAUGUAAGGUGAGCCGAGAAUCAAACCAUUCUUCCCUAAAAUGUCUCUGUAAUCACUUGACUGCAUUUGGGGGAGACAUUCUUGUGGCACCAAAUACCAUUGACUUUCCACUGGUCCAGCAGACAUUUGACAACGUGGACCCUGAUGACCUUCUCGUCUUGAUAACAUUGUGUUCUAUCUUUCUGGUUUACUUUCUUGUUUUGAUAAAAGCACGCAGGGCUGAUAAAGUGGAUGCCUCAAAGGACAGUCCUCUGAUACCCUUGGCGGCGCAUCAAAAUGGUGAUUACAAGUACGAACUAUCCAUAACAACUGGGGGAUGGAAAAAUUGUGGUACUACUGCCAACAUAUCCAUGAUUCUACAUGGGACUGAAAAUACCAGUGACGUUAUCAAACUGACAUGUGACAUCCCAUGUGAAAGGACACUGUUUGCCGAAGGCAACACUGAUAAUUUUUUUAUUCGACAGGAAAUGCCGCUGGGCGAGAUAAUUUCUUUGCAGAUCGGCCAUGACAUUUCUGGCGAGGACCCCUCUUGGUUUAUUAGCGAGAUUUUAGCUGUGGAUUGCCAAAGGGGACGAAGAUGGUUGUUCAGUUGUUACCGCUGGCUUGCGCUAGAAAGGGAUGACGGUCAGACCACGAGGAUAUUUUAUGCAGAUGAUUGCAAAGAAGGCGAAAAGUUCAGAAGAAAAUUUAGCGCAUUACGAAGGAAUGGUUUCGCUGAUGAUCACUUGUGGCUGUCCGUGAUCCGCAAGCAGCCAAGGAAUCCUUUCACUCGCGUUCAGCGAGCAUCCUGUUGUUGGAGCCUUCUCUUGCUGUCAAUGGUAACAUCCGCUAUGUUUUAUGAAACAGAGGACCUAAAACAGAGAAAAAUACUGAUUGGACCUUUUUCACUGACUCCGAGUCAACUUGUCAUCGCGUUGGAAAGUGCCUUAGUUGUUGUGCCUGCAAGUCUGCUAAUUGUGCUCUUGUUUCGUAAAAGCGAACCUAGGAGAAACAGUGAAGGUAACCGGUAUCAAUUGGGGAAAAGCAAGAGAGAAGGACGGUGUUUACUUCCCCAUUUCUUUGUAUACAUCGCAUGGUUUCUCUGUGUGAGUAUUGCAAUUACUUCCGCCCUUUUUACGGUGUUUUACUCCCUCAUGUGGGGAGGAGAGAAAUCGUCUCGCUGGCUUACAUCUGUUCUGCUUUCCUUAACCGGUGAGGUGCUGGUCAUCCAGCCCGUCAAGAUAAUCAUUGCAUCUGCAGUCUUAGCAUUACGGUACAGGAGUGGUGGCAAGUCAACAAAUAAAAGUUAUCUAACGGAUGCAUCCAACAAUUUGGAUCUUUCAUCGAUAGAUGUCGAACGAGCAGGACAGUAUAGGAAAAACAAGAGGAAAAUGUAUGCAUUCACGAAGGAACUCUUGUUUUCUUUAAUUUUUCUCGUGAUUUUAUUGAUCGUCUGUUAUGGAGACAAAAGCAGGCAGAGAUAUCAUCUACGAGCUGCAAUAGAAAGCGAAGUCCAGUAUUUCGAUAAUGUUGGGCGGUACAAGAUAACCAACGUGGCUCAGUUUUGGAGGUGGCUGGAGGACGCGUUUGUCCCAGCAAUCUUUUCAGAGGGCUGGUACAAGGAUCAGGAGGAAAAAGGAUUAAAGUACAUCAGAAAUGGUCGAUCGACUCUGGUCGGCAUGCCUCGCCUAAGGCAACUCAGGGUCAUGAAAGAUUCCUGUGUGUUUCAGCAAAUAUUCAAAAGCAUGUUUACUUAUUGCUACGGUCCCUUCACUAAGAACGGAGAAGACAAAAGAACUUGGAUUGACCAGAAUAGUUCCUCAGUUCUCUGUCCAGAAAAUUGGGAGUACAACGGAAAUGGUGGCUCUGAUACUUGGGGCCGUUUUGCUGUUUACAGUGGCGGAGGAUACAUAGCUAAUUUAGGAUACAACAAGUUUACAGCUAAAAGAAUUGUCAAAGACUUAAAAGAAAACAACUGGAUCGAUCGUCAGACCAGAGCUGUACUGGUGGAGUUCUCACUGUAUAAUCCACCGAGUAACCUUCUUGCCGUGAUAACUUAUUACUUCGAAGUCCUUCCAUCAGGCUUUGCCGGCAUAUUCAAGAGUUAUGGAAUUUUGUCUCUGAGUGCAACGAACCCUCAAGCCCAUAACAUUUACUUGCUUUUUGCAUUUCUGUUUGGCAUUCUACUUGUUUGCUUCUUCAUUUUGGAAUGCAUCAAACUCUGUCGUCAGAGCUGCUUGUAUUUCAAGUCAGGGUGGAACUGGUUGAACAUGCUACAGAUAGUCACUGCAUCAUCAGCAUUGUUCCUCCAAUGGAUGAAAACCAAGGCAGCAAAAAUAACGUUGUUCAAACUAAAGGAAAACCCUUUUGUUCCCAUUGGCUUCCAUGAGGUGUUACUUUGGUCUGACCUUGAAAACCUGGUCAUUUGCAUAGCGUCCGUAAUUGCCACAUUGCGUCUUCUAAAAUGCUUUUACUUCGUGCCACAAAUUAUAGUUUUCUCGUGGACACUCCGCAGAUCCUUUCCUUCAAUAUCUUCUUUCUUUUUGAUCUUUAUGGUAGUAGCGAUAGCUCAUUCUUUCUUAGGGGUCAUCGCCUUCGGAACCAAUAUUUACAUGUUCUCAUCAUUCAUAGACGCCAUUUCGUCGCAGUUUCUGAUGCUCCUUGGAAAAAAUAUUCCAGUAAAUGAACUGAUUUCUACAAAUCCUAUAUUGGGACGUUUUUUCUUUUUUAGUUUUGUCGCCAGUACGACAAUUAUAAUCGUAAAUACGUUCAUUGCAACCAUUAAUGAGCACUAUGCUUCUUCAAAUUCUGAUAAAGGCGGAGAAGACUUAGAACUUGCACAGUUUAUAACCGACAGAAUUAGUUACACUUUGUUUGGCCAGAAAUCCAACAGAAACCAGCCAUGGGCAGAACAGAAGAACCACGAGCUCUUCGGUUCCGAAAUUAUCGCAGAAAAUUGCUCGCCGGAAGAAACUACUCCGAGUACCUUAAACUAG